GGCAGAAACGCUCACUGUCAACCCACCCAUUGCUCUUCCUGCGUGGAUGUGAAGGCCCUACGCCCAUCUCAACACCAUCUCGUCUUUCCUCACGAUGAUUCAUGCAGUGCUAAUCUUCAACACCUCCGGCCUUCCUCGACUCACCAAAUUCUAUACACCAUUGCACCAAUCCAGCCAAACCAUCGUGCAGAAGAUCUUCUCAUUAAUCAGCACACGACCCGCUGGUCUCUGCAACUUCCUCGACGCCCCCGAAUUAGAGGACAUCCUCGGGACGAAGGGUGACUCGGACGAUAGGCGGAAGAUCGUGUAUAGGAAUUAUGCGACGCUAUAUUUUGUUUUUGUUGUGGACGGCGCGGAGAGCGAGUUGGGAAUAUUGGAUUUGAUACAGGUCCUCGUCGAGUCGCUCGACAGAGCAUUUGAGAAUGUUUGCGAGCUGGACCUGGUCUUCCACUUUGAUGAGGUUCACCACAUCUUGAGCGAAAUUAUACAAGGCGGGCUCGUCCUUGAGACGAACGUAGAAGAAAUCGAUGCGAAUGUCCGACUAGCAGCAAGACUCCGGAAAGAGUCGUUCGCGUCAUCAAAUCCUUUAGCUGGUGGUAUUGGGGGCAGUAUCAUCGGUCAGAAGAGUGGCAUGCGAUAAGUUGUACAUCUAGCUACGGCUAUACGAAUGAGGUUGCCCGCGGGGCCUUCAAACUAUGUAGCGCUGGAUCCUGCAAGCCCCUUCGCCUCGCCUCUCCUUCAAAUGUGUCUCCAGCCAUUUCAAGCAUCUCAAGAAUGAUGUAAGCGAAUUACGAGGGCCCCGGAGUCGGGUGUGAAGGCCCGGGAGUGGGCUGCGAAGCGGCGGGCGUAGGCGCAUCUCGCAAGGUUCCCUGCC